GUUUCGAUAAGGAGUUACUUAAUUUAUUAUUCAAACAGUCUUCAAGCGCUAAAAUGACUUUGUGAUGAACGAGUUUGGUUUAAGAUCAUUGCAAUGUAAGUAGUGGAUUCCAGUGUUCGAGGAAAAAGAAGGAUAAUAAAUUGUCCAGUCAUGACUAAUGGCAGAAAAAAUCAACUCUACAUCCCCCCUUCCCCCCUUUCUCCCCUCUACUAAAAGAUCUACAGCUGAGUUGGGUGUCUUGAACGAGAAACUCCAAGCUCAGCUCAGAGGCGAUUGUAAAAAGAUUUAUUCUGAGUCCCUAUAUACUGAUUUGGAAAUCACAUUCGACUACGGGUGUAUAAGAACACACAGUAGUUUUUUGAAGUCGAGAGCUCCAAGAUUCUUCUCUGAACUUUGCUCCCACUACUGUCCAACACAGUCUGUGGUUGUUUUGGGGAAAGUUGACCAGUUUUCCAUUGAGUCUUUCGUCAGGGAAAUCUACACCCAAAACACAAUACGUGAAAAGGAAAUAGCAAUUGUUGAAUACUUGUCGGCAUUGAAAAAGUUAAAGGUUGAUGCUAUAACUCCAGAGUCUGAUGUGUAUGUCACUCCUGAAACUUCCCCUACCAAUGCUAGCUACAAGUUUGGACAUGCUCGCUGUGUUUCAGACAGUGGUUUGAGUUCUCUAGCUGUUUCGGAUAAUAAGUAUUUGCCCUCGCCUCUGUACUAUUCAUUAGUCACCGUCGAUGAGGUCUACGGACCGGAAUCCGGUGAUAUUUUGGAAAAGGAACUAGCCGAACAAGAUCAGCUUUUUAAGUCUUUCAAGUCCAUUAUCUCUAAGGAAUCAAAAUCCCCGAAGAGUAAACCAUUCACUUUACAUUCCCCACUGCAUAGAACUUCGCAGAAAUUGCCUAAAAAUUGUUCAGGUAUCAUAAGUCCGAAAGGUUUGGAACUCAAGUUGAAUGUCAAAGCGAAUGGAAGGGAUAAAAUAAAGCAUUUUACCACCAGUAGAAUCUUUAAAGAAUCAGAUGGUUUUGGUGAGAGAAAUGUGAAAGACAGAUUUAGAGGUGAUAUUUGUGAUGGCAACCUCAUUGACAUCUCAGUAAUGAACAAGGCUAAGGCAGAAAUUGACGAGACAAUGGAGGCGGAAAGUAUCGGUCCUGACUCGUGUUUGGAACCUGCCUCUUCCGGCUAUGUGACCGCAAGCAGCCCGAAAGAUCAUACCAAUUCAGAAAACUAUGGAGGUGAUUUAACAGAAAUUGCAACAAGUGAAGACAUACCUCAUGAUAAUGAUCAAUCUGCGAGGUCAUCAUCCAUGUCAUCUGAUGCUGGGACUUGGGAUUCUACUUUCCCGGCUGCCAUUGACAAAGAGGAUGACAAUUUUGCAAGGAAAAGGGCUGUGGAACUUGAUGAUUAUUCAAGUGCUCUUGUCUCUCUUGGCGACAAAGCUGUAACACCUAAAGCAAGUUUAACUAGUGUAAAUCUGCUUCCGAAAUCUGAUUGCGCUUUAGAUUAUAACUUGGGAAGUGUAAACAACCAAUUUAACUUGAACGAACAGUAUUACAAUACAAACGAACAAGAGAAUCUUCUGGGUAGUGAUGAGAGUACUGUGAUGGACUCUUCCUUAACUGACUUAUCUGCCUUAGAUAACAAAGAUGGCAAACUAAUAGGAGUCAAGACCAACUGUUUCAUCGAUGCUGCAAGUUUAUUGGAUGAAAACGAAAUAUCACCCGCUCCAUCAAAUCCGGUUUCCUUAAAUGGUUAUGAAAACCCAGAUUAUAAUCAUAAGUCCUCUUGGUCAGGUUCCGAAGUGGACGAGUAUCAGUCUAAUGACGUUAAAACUAUUAACUAUUGUGAAACAAAUAAAUUGGAAAGUGAAAAUAAUGCAGCAAAAGAAGAGAAAUCCAACUAUGACAGCGAUUUUGAAAGAAGGCGUGCUAGUAUUAUUCGGCGAAACACUUUUGAACUUGAAUUAGACGAUGAAAGGCUUGCAGUUCUAAGAAACGAAUGUGAAAAACAUAAAGAUAAAUCUAAGAAAAGUGUAAGUGAAGGAAACACAAAUUGCAUAACUCCAGGCGAAACUGCAACAUUCUCCAUUGGUACUGAAGCUACAGUGAACAUAGUCGAUAUUACUAAGCACACUCCAAAGUCACUCCCAUCUCAACUAAAUUGUUUUGAUUCUAGAAAAUGUGAAGAUGAAUUACACUCACCAGAUUCACUCAAUAACGAUGGACCUUUAGAAAACGUGUUCAGUAAUUGUUCAAAACAAGAUUACAAUCAUUACUCACUGCCGUUUGAAAUUAACACUCAAAUAAUUGAACCAGAAAUUGUAACUGAAGUUGGAAACGGUUCAUUGACUCACCAUGUGAACCAAGUGGAUGACACUUCCCUAUCAAAUGGGUUUGGAAAUGUGACAAGUCCAUACAAGAACUGUGUAGAGCAUAUCCAAAACAAGAUAGAAUCUACUCCUAUAAUAUCAGGCGGUGUAUCAUUGAAAGAUCUGUCAUCGCCUGAAAAACCAUAUUUCAGUCCUCUUAUGAACCGGAGGAAGACAGAACUAGCACCUAUAGUAUCUGGAGGAUCAGUUAUAGAUACUGAAACAGAAAAAGAGGUUAAACCUAGAGCAAGUCCUCCUGUUGCUUUAUCAGAGUCUUGGAUCGUUGAUAUGAGUUCAGAUAAAACUUCACCAGGAAUGAAAAAGAAGCAUCUUAGUGACUCAGUAUCGAGUUUAAAUUCAGAGAAUGCAGAUAAGGUUACUAAAAUGAAUUCUUCAUUGGGGUUCUUCAUUUCUCUUGAUGACAAAGUAAAUAAAACCCCUAGUAACAGUAGCAGCAGGUGCUCCAAUUACAACACAAGCAAACAGAGUGACAUUGAUAAAACAACAUGCGGGGCAGAACCGGUAUCAGGUAAUGGCAGCUUCAGUGGAAAUAGUUCAUCUUGUGGGUUUUUUGUUGACUUCAACAGUCCUGCUGUAGAUAACAAAGUCGUAGAAAAGGAGUCUGCUGCUCCAGACAAGAAACUAUUUUCCAUGUUUAUUGACAUAAGUGAAACCGGAGAAAGUGAUGGGAAUUCCAAAACAAACUCUCCCCAUGUUUUCAAGAAGAGAAAUCAUAGGAGGACAUUUUCAGGUGUGUUUCCGAAAUGCGAUGCUAGAAGUAGAUCGACAGAAAUCAGUUCAGAAUCGAGUCUAGAAAUGACAGAACCCUCUGAUGCUACAAAAGAAAGGAUGUCUUUAGAAAAGGAAUUGCAUGUUUCGAGGAGAUCUAGUAGUCAAGGAAAGUCAGAAGAGAAAAAUAAGAAACAAAACACUCAUGCUAGUAUUGAGUCAGAGCCAUCUCCUGUUCCUCAUCGGAAGUCUUUACCCUCAGGGUUACAACCAACCUCACAAAGACACUCCUGGAAUUUUGAUUCUCACAAUGUAAACAUCUCUGCAGCUCCGAGUGAAGAAACGUCAAUAAAAGUACACAAGAGAUCACACAGUGUCUCUGUAAAUAAAUCUCUGGAAGUGAUGUUCAACGUUGAGCAUGACGAAACCAAACCUUCCAGUGUAUCUUCAGUUAAAGCUUCUACAAGCAAUUCAACAGGUUAUGAGUCGGGGCCAUCCUCAAUUGAUGAUACUGUCUCGAGAUCUUUCAACAAUAGAAGUAUGAUGGCUUCCUGGCAUGGGUCGAUAAAACCAAGUGCCGAACUACAAAAAGUCAUUGCUAAAAGCGAAUGGAAGGACAAACCUCACAAACUCAAGAGCCCUCUGGAUUCCAAAUCCGACAUAGUAGAUAUCUGUGAAUCAUUUGACAAGAUCGAUGAAGUAGCUUCCAUUACCAGAAGUGAUGAUUUCAGCAACGCCUCAAAUGAAUCUAGCAACACUGGGGUCAACAAUUCUACGUUUAUUAUCAGCGACGUUUCAAAUGUAGCUAAUGCUACCAGUGAAGACUUGGAGCUGACCACACCUACUACAGAUGUCAUCAGUCAAUUGUCCAAAGACGACAGUGACAAGACUGGAGACUUUGAUGAUAUCAGCGAGAAGAAGUCCGGUGAUAUUCCUAGGACACCGGAUCACAGUAUUUCCCAAACUGAACUACCCCCACUAGAAAACAGUUUCAGCUUUGUUAAACUAUCGGAUAUGGAUAAAGAACCGAACAAGGUUCCUUUAGAAGGGAAGAGCAUUCCGAACAGGAUGAGUAGAAGUAUUCCAGAAGCUUCUUGGAUAGAAAGUAAGAUGAUGACAAGAAGUGCCACGAGUCGAUCCUUGAGUCGAUUAUUCCCUCACUUGAACACAUCAACUCGUAACUUGACACCAGAGUCUGUAGAACAAGAUACCGGUACUGACUUUUCAGAGAUCAGUAGCAUGCAAAGCAGCAUGGAUCCUUCAGCACUAGAAGGUAGCACUGAAGAGACUUCAGCAUCCUCAUGUGGAGGUCCUGUAUCCCGGUUAGGAGAGGAUCUGCUCCGGAUGUUCCUGGAAGAGAUCAGUCCGGACGUGACUCUGGAAGUCUCCGGAAGACGGAUCAAGGCUCACAAGUGUAUACUGAGCUCCAGAUGUCAAUACUUUGCAGCCAUUCUGAGCGGUGGCUGGGUGGAGAGUGCGGGAAACGUUAUUUCCCUUCAAGGGUUUUCCUACAGUGCUGUCCACUUUGCCUUGUGUCACAUAUACAGUGGUGCCAGCAACAUUCCUGACUCUAUCAACAUUGUAGAACUGGCAACUCUGGCUGACAUGUUGUGUCUCGAAGGGCUCAAGGAAGUGAUUAUGUACACGCUCAAAGUUAAAUACUGCCAUUUUUUCCACAAGCCUUGCCCGAUGUGCACUGUGGGUGUGUUGGAAUGUUUGCCGCUUGCUGCUGCGUACGGCCUGGAUGAGAUUUACCGCAAAAGUCUACGCUGGAUCACCAAACACUUUGUUAGAGUCUGGCCCACCAAAGGAUUUGCGACCCUGCCCCGGGAACUGCUUGACAAGUGCUACAAACAGCACAUCGUUCAUAUGACUGUGGACAAUGUGCUGGAGACCAUUCUAUGCUGCAGUAAGCUGCAAGGGCUGAUCCCCAACGUGAGGUGGGCAGAGCCGGUGUUGGCUCUCACCAACAAGCUGUACGAUGCUUGCGUCAAGUUCACAGCUCAGCACUUCUGCGAUAUCCUCUCCAGUGACAUGUUCAUGUCAUGUGGUAGAGAACAGCUGUGGACAAUGUCCAGACUAGAGGAAGUGCUGCUGUCUGCCGCUGAGAAGCUACCUCCAGAUCAAGCGUGCAAAUGUUACUCCCACCUCUACAAGCUUUUGAAUCUGGUUGAUUCUCCGCAGGCACCAGUAGAACUGAAACUUAAUGAAGGGUUUGUAGAGUUUCUGCACGUUCUACAGACAACGGUGGAGGGUAGUCUGUUGAAGCAAGCAGCCCGAGCAUCACGCACGCCCGCGUGGACACUGAUGGAGCCGCAACUGAGGCACAAGAUACAGGAUGCUGCUUGUCUCGUCAUUGUGCCUGGAGAUGACAGACGACGGGCUCGGCAUCUCAAUAAGAGAGCAGAGAGUUCCAGUAACAGCAAGCAGUCAGCUGAUCUAUUAAAGCCAGCGGCCAUUGGUGAAACAGCAACCAAGAAGAAUCCCCAGUCAUCACGGUCUGUACCCAGUGUAAAGCCGAAGACACCACAGCCAGCUGUGAAAUCAGAGAGCACUGGGCCUCGCCCGAAAACAUGGCCUUAUAAAAUAUCUGAGGUAAAAUCCAGAUACCUCGAACCAAAGCAAACGCCGAAACAAUCGCCAGCAUUAGCGGCUAACAAGACAGACAAGCCGACGCUGACUCCAACUGCAAGGAGAAACGUAAGUAAGUCUAUCAUCUCAUCUUCGGACUCCUCGAGAACAUCUUCACCAGCCAUGAGACGCUCUUUGCCUCAGCGGCCGUCUCGCAAUGUGACCAAGAAGGACGACAAUCUCACAAUGUCCACCGACUCCCUGGCAGAUCCUAACUCUGCAUCUAGUGCCGGCUCCAAGAAGAAAGCCGACCCAGCUGUCAAAACACAAGCUAUCUCACGAAUAGACUUUAUCGAGAAAAACGUUCGCUCUCUCUCGCUUAAGUCUUCAAAGGUGGGGACUUCUGCGAAUCGUGUUGCUUCGAGCGAUUCUAAAGGAAGGUUCCCACAAGUAAAGAUCGAAAAUGACAAACCAAAGUACUCUCCUGUCGCUGUGAGUAAGAAAGGCAGUAGUCAAAGUUCCCCUCAUGUGAAGGACUCGCCAGUCUCGCUGAAUAAAGGAACGGUGAAUUCAACACCGUCGCCAUCGGUUCGGCGAAGCGUUCUGUCUCCCAAAGAGAAGUCUAGUGUGACCGCAGAAACAAAGUCUACUAUGUUGAAAAGAAACGCGACGUAUCGAGUUCAAGCAAAGUCGUCGAGUCCUGUGAAGGGAGCAAAUACGAAGCAAAAGGAAAUCUUGUCUGUAGUAGCUGCUUCACCAAAUACAAAAGGGAAUAUUAAUAAAUUACAAACAAAAGUAAACAGCUCGAAGAAGUCCGGGAUGAACAAUAACAAUGCAGGUUACAACAAGACUGAAGCUCCGCCUCGGCCCAUGGUAGGGUCCAGGUCGGGAACUUUUCUGAAGGAUGAACCGACUGUUCUUAAAAAGCCGCAGGUAGCAAAUGUGUCAGAAUGAAUGUGGUUAGUAUUAAAAUUAUCUUUAUCAAGUUUAUCGCUAGUCAGUGUGCCAUUGAAGGCUUGAAUUAUUUUCAUUAGCUGUAGAAUACUUUAAAAUAUUUGUAGUGCAGUAUAACGCUGUGUAGGUAUCCACAAUUCAUCACUUUGGUCCAGUAUUAUUAUCUUCGUUUGGAAAAAAAUGAUUGUGUUUCAGGUUUCAGUAAAUCUUAAAAUCGUGAAACUUCAUUUAGUUUUCAUUUCUCGUAAACACUUUAGGCAAUAUUGAAGCAACAGCCAUACACUACAAAGUUACCAAAGAUUUUUGUGUUUAAUGUUUUUGUUAUUUGUUUCACGUUACUAGAAUAUAAUUUAAAAUUGUUGUUUUUGUAUUAUUUAUUAUAUUUUGUACAUUAUUGAUGAUAAGUAAGAUGAGUAUUGUGAGAUGUAAGAUCAUUAUGUGUUUUGUUUCUAGGCGUUAAAUCAUAAAUGGGUAAAUAAAGGUGGAAUGUGAAUAUUAUGUAUAUUAAGAAAGAUGUAUUAAUGCUUUGAAACUUUAAAAAAUAAAUUGCCUGAACUGUU